UUUUUUUUUUUUGUAUAUGUUUACAUACUCUCGUUUUUAUAACUGCUCUGUUCGAUAGGAACAAAAAAGUCGCGACUCCUAAAAUAUGCAAAAACCGGAAACUGUAAGAUUUUCUUAACUAACGUUAAUACCUACCCCGGUAACGCCUUUAAGUUUCAAAGUUCAACCAGUGCACGGUUUAGCUAACAAUUUAUGUGAGAGGUCACUCGACCAGAGGACGCUUUAGCAGCCAGUUUACCUUUGUUGGAGAGAGCGCACUCUAACGCUUCUGUAGUUAUUGUUGUCAGCGAGGAGCAAAAAUGAGUCGAAGAGGUGAAAGAAACGAUCAAACGACCACAGCCUCUGUUUCCUCUCCGGAAACCGCCGCAGACCAUUCACAGCGGAUGAAGACAAUCUACAUCAUGUAUCUAAUCACCGCUUUGGAAAUCACAUGGAUGUUUUUACAGUUCUCUGUCACCCCUAUCCAUCAGACAGAAAGGAGGAGUGGUUAACAGAAGAAGCACUGAGGACUUCGGAGUCUUGGACAAGAUCAAGAACAAUAGAAUCCUCAUGCUGCAUAGUAGUGGGCCUUGACAUGUCAAUGACUUUGAGAGUCCCUUUGUCUGCUACUUCUGAAAUUGAGUAUUUAGCAAAGAAACUUGGCUUCGACACGUUGUGGUUUGGUUAUUUGCAAACCAUGGUUGGUGUGGUUCAGCUGCUCGGGGGUCCUGUGUUUGGCAGGUUUGCAGAUCUGUUUGGGGCACGGAUGGCCUUGUCCCUGGUGUGUACUUCUACUAUUGUCUUCUUUCUGCUCCUGGCCACAGCAGAAACUCCAGCCAUGCUGUUCAUCCACAAACUCCCCACAGUCUUCAUGCAUGUCCUGCCUGCAUCGCAAAUGGUCGUUACAGACCUUUCAGAGCCUGAGAAACGAGCUGAUGCCUUAUCCAAACUUGGUCUGUGUUUUGGUAUUGGUAUGAUAGCUGGCUCCACAUUAGGCGGACAGCUGAGCAAACUCUAUGGGGAGAGGUUUGCUGCGUGUUUUGGUGCUGCAGGGAGCGCCUUCAGCUUGUUGUUAGUUUUCAAGUUCAUCCCAAAAACUACUAAAGCUGAAACUGCCAGAGGCGACACUACGGGUGACAACAAAAAGUCAGUUUUCAGUCUGGGUGAGAUUACAAGGCUGAUGAAGUUUCCAGGAGUGACGCAGACUUUCAUUAUCAAGAUAGUCGCAGGUUUGCCAUCAGGCAUUUUUCAAGUGAUGUUCUCUAUCAUUGCACUGGAUUUCUUUAAGCUGCAACCUGAGGAGAAUGGUUACCUCAUGGCCUAUUUUGGCAUCAUUCAAAUGGUUAUUCAAGGAGGAGUGAUCGGUCGACUUACGGCGAGAUACUCUGAGAAUUCAUUGCUACUUCUGUCCAUUGGAGUGUCCUCUAUGGUGGGACUGGCUCAGGCAUAUAUACAGAAUGUGUUCCAGUUCUGCCUUAACAUCAUCCCAAUGAUGUUCUCGCUCAGUGUGUUUAAUGUCAUCACAGACACCAUGCUCACCAAGAGUGUACCGUCCUCUGACACAGGUACAAUGCUGGGACUGUGUGCGUCUGUUCAGUCUCUGCUUCGCACAGUGGGACCCACUAUUGGUGGCUUCUUGUAUGUGAACUAUGGCAUUUCCUCUAUAGGUUUAAUCCAGUGUUUCGUGAAUAUUGGGAUGUUUGUUUACCUGCUGCAGCGGCGACAAAACAAGACAGACGAGCAGAGGAAGUGAUGCCGCUCACUCAUUUGUCUCUUAUUUUUCCAAAAAAAAAAGGAGAGGAGAGGAGAGGAGCUGGAAAUCAGUUGAGUUUAAAAACAAAUAUCAUAUAUGCACAUAUUUCCUCUGUUUUAGUAAUGAGACCAGGUCCCAUCAUUCCAGUUCUUCAGUAUGCAGAUUUUAUGCCCUGCUCAGGUUGUUGUGAGGAUUCACGAACUGACCACUAGAUGACAGCAAAUCCUCUGUUUUACUACUUGAAGACUUUAAAUCAGUUUGUUGCAAUAGAGAUUUUAUUUUAUUUUAAUAAAUACAGUGCCAGUCAACACCAUCAUUGCUACAACACAGUUAU